GACUUCAGAGUCUGCCUUUGACAAAUUAAAGAAAACAGUAUCUCCCCAAAGUUAUGCUGGCCUUGCAAAAUCCACUCUUGCUCAGAUUAUAAUUUUUAAUCGAAGGCGUGCUGGGGAGGUGUCCAAAAUGCGCUUGAAAAACUUCAUUGAAAGAGACAAAAGCCCCCUCCAUGCUGAUGUAUCCUUGGGAUUAACCAAGUUUGAAAAGAAGCUCUGUGAGCACUUUAGCCGGGUGGAAAUCAGGGGCAAACGUGGAAGAAAAGUUGCAGUCCUCCUAACACCAUUCAUGGUGGAAUCCCUAAAUCUCUUGGUCAGCAAAAGAAUGGAAUGUGGUGUGCCUGAUACCAAUAUCUUUCUCUUUGCUAGACCACAAUGUUCAACUUACUACAGAGGUCAAGACUGCUUGAGACUUCAUGCAGAAAAGUGUGGAGCAAAAAAACCUGAAUACCUGCGCUCAACUCAGCUCAGGAAACAUGUUGCGACCCUUUCCCAAAUUUUAAACCUCAAAGAGAAUGAGUUGGACCAGGUCGCUGACUUUCUAGGACACGAUAUACGUGUCCACCGUGAACACUACAGACUGCCUGAGGCGACAAUGCAGCUUGCAAAAAUCUCCAAGCUGCUAUUAGCAAUGGACAAAGGUUGUCUUGGAAGCAUCCAGGGAAAGUCACUUGAUGAGAUUCAAAUUGAAGAUCAAAUCCAGUUGACUGAUACUGAAGAUGAUGCAGGAGACGAACCGGCUGGCACCAGUUCAUUAGACAAAGAAGUAUCAACAUCACCACAAGAGGCCUGCCAGAAUGAAGGUAAUGUAUUGGGUUUUCUUUUAGCCCUAAAAUAAGGUAGCUGUGUUUGGACUACAUGUGCAAGUUUGAUUUCUCUGGAACUAGGCUUGGUUGGCAAGAGUAUGAAAGCAACUGGGUCCAGACUCAUUCAAGAU